CCCAGAGGAGUCCAGGCUGUAAUGUAUAUAAAUAUAUAUAUAUAUAUAUAUAUAUAUAUAUAUAUAUAUAUAUAUGUGAGCGAGCAGCGAGCUGGACCAUCACUGAAGCAGCGGCUUACUGCAGAUGCUCUCUCUCUCUCUCUCUCUCCCUCCCUUCCUCCCUCCCUCUCUCUCUCUCUCUCUCACUCGCUCGCUCUCUCCCUGCUUCUCACAGCUGUUCAGUCCUCACACUGCACACGGACCCUGAAUUACUGAAUGGCUGUCUCACUGCGUUCCUGAACAGCUGCCUCUGCCUCAUCUGCCAGACCUGCUGCUUGUCCUGUCACUUGUGGCCCAGGUGAUGAAGACUAGCAGAAGAAGAAAAGCAUGCUGAAGAAGAGGAGCUCAGGGGUACUGGGGGCAGAUCGAGAUGUACUACUGAAUUUGGACCCCUCGGCAGAACCCUGGACCUCGGAUUCUUAUGGCAGCCUGCAAAACGGGGGCUUUCUUGCGGCUCAAUAUUUAAACGACAACGAUGAUGACGAUGAUCCCAUUUUCAUACAGUGCGAGACCAGAGGGAGGUGCCCUGUGGAUCCCACUGGAAAUUACUUCAGGGAUGGCAAAACAAAAACUGACUUUGUGCUGGUAUGGGAGGUGAAAAACCACUCCCGCAAAAAACGCAAGCCUCGGAGCCGCUCUCAGGAUGUGGAUGAAGAUGAUGCCGAGGACUGGGACUCCAAGCGAGCUUCACACGGCCGGUGGAGAGACAAGUAUGUCAGGAACCUGCAGUCCUCUGGGUUGCUUCUUGAAAAGGAGGAGACGGUGAGUGAAAAGAAGACCAUUCACUACUUGAAGGUCAGCGCUCCUUGGGAAGUCCUUAUCUACUACGCAGAAGAGCUGUGUUUGAGAGCACCUCUGCAGGAGCAGCCCAAUCCUGACCUCAACUCAUCAGCUCGGUUCCUGCAGACUCUCUGUAUUCCCAACAUGAUGGCUGAGUUUGUCCCCAACAAGCCCGUCAAUUACUAUACUUGUGCCUUCCGCAAGUCUAAAGUGUCCAAGUUCUUGGGUUGUGAAGAUCAUGAUGGCUACUUCACCAAUACUCAAAGGCACAGGAUCGUGUAUGAGAUCUUAGCUCGGACAGUUUAUGGAAAGCGAAAGCGUGCACAGAUCGGGAUUGAAAGGCUUCUUAAUGAAGGUGCCUAUUCAGCUGCUUUCCCACUGCAUGAGGGUCUCUAUGAGCUCCCAGGUUAUGAGGUUGCCCCAGAAGAGCUCAACUCUCGGCAGGUCCUUUACCAGUUUUGGGCACGCUGGUCCAAAUGGUACAAAUACCAGCCGCUAGACCACAUUCGCCAGUAUUUUGGAGAGAAGAUUGCUAUCUACUUUGCCUGGCUAGGUUUCUACACAGCCUGGCUUCUCCCUGCUGCCGUGGUGGGCACCAUUGUCUUUAUAUCGGGCAUUGUCACCAUGGGAACCAACACUCCUGCAAAGGAGAUCUGCUCAAGUGAGGGGCUUUAUCUGAUGUGUCCGCUAUGUGACACCUGCUCUGCAUGGAACAUCUCGGACAUCUGCAGCAUGACCAAGCUGGGGUACCUAUUUGAUCACCCAGGGACUGUGCUUUUCAGUGUGUUUAUGUCAUUUUGGGCUGUGACCUUUCUGGAAUACUGGAAAAGGAAGAACGCUACGCUUGCCCAUCACUGGGAUUGCAUGGAUUUCCAAGAAAAUGAGGAGCGUCCACGGCCAGAAUUUGUGGCAAUGGCGCCAGGCAUGGAGCAGAAUCCUGUUACAGGAGCAAUGGAACCCUACUUCCCGGAAAAAACUCGCCAGUCGCGCAUCUUGACUGGAUCUAUGGUCAUCAUUUUCAUGCUGUGCAUUGUCAUGAUAUUCCUGGUGACUGUUAUUAUGUAUCGAGGGAUCAUCAGCAUGAUGAUGUAUCAUACAGGAAGCUCAGUUCUGCGGACUCAGGCCGGAAAUAUUGCCAACAUUUCCAGCAGCAUGGUGAACCUGGCUCUGAUUCUUCUGAUGGGCCAAGUGUACACAGCGCUUGCAGAGCAGCUUACCAAGUGGGAAAUGCAUCGGACACAGACGCAAUAUGAGGAUGCCUUCACUUUCAAAGUCUUCAUAUUCCAGUUUGUCAAUUUCUACUCAUCACCUUUCUAUGUGGCGUUCUUCAAAGGCAGGUUUGUUGGCUAUCCAGGUCAUUAUGGAACGCUAUUUGGAAUGAGGAAUGAGGACUGUGGUCCUGGAGGCUGUCUUAUCGAACUGGCCGAGCAGCUUUUUAUCAUCAUGGUUGGCAAACAGAUCAUCAACAACAUUCAAGAGUUUGUCAUUCCAAAAAUGAAGGCCUGGAAGCAGAAGCGCAAGAUUGCAAAAGUGCGGGGUACUCAGAUUUCACAGGAGUCCAAGCGUUGGGAAGAAGACUAUGAACUCAUUGAGUGUGAGGGACUCUUCGAGGAAUACCUGGAGAUGGUUCUUCAGUUUGGGUUCAUCACUAUUUUUGUGGCUGCUUUCCCACUGGCUCCACUCUUCGCUCUACUCAAUAACUGGGUGGAGAUCCGUUUGGACGCUCAGAAGUUUGUCUGUGAAUAUCGCCGUCCAGUGGCCGAACGCACUCAGGAUAUUGGGGUCUGGUUCAACAUCCUGGAAGCUCUGUCUCACCUUUCUGUCAUCAUUAAUGCUUUCCUGAUUGCUUUUACCUCAGACUUCCUGCCGCGCCUUCUCUAUCAGUACAAGCAUGACAGCAACCUACAUGGCUAUGUGAACUUCUCUCUGGCAUACGCCCCAUCAUUUUCCAUGGACAGCAACAGCAGCCAGUGCCGGUACAAGGCAUUUAGAGAUGAAAGCGGCAAUUACACCCUCUUUUACUGGGAGUUAUUGGCAGUGCGCCUUGGCUUCAUUAUUGCCUUUGAGCAUGUGGUCUUCUUCAUCCUAAGGAUGAUUGACUGGAUAGUGCCAGAUGUGCCUGAGUCCCUGGCACUCAAAAUGAAGAGGGAGCGCUACCUUGCCAAGCAGGCUCUGGCUGACAACCAGGAUGCUCUUCUGAUGGUGAGUCGGGGAUCGGCGUCCUCAGAAGCAAGUGACUCAAGCAGCCUGAGUUAGGACACUGGGCUGGCAAGUAGGAAAUCAAGACAGCAAAGAGAGACCCAGUUGGCUGUUGGGGCUUCGCUGGACCUUCAAGUAGCACCCAUUUGGGAGCAGAGUGGCACCAGGACAAAUUGUAGACCCAUGGACACAGCUUCUUCAAACAUGGGGUUCUCAUGCCCAUGUUCAGCGAGUAACUUCAUGUGAUCCUUCUGGAAAAGCACAUCUGAAAAUGCACUGAACUGAAUGUUGCAACAACACUGGCUCAGAUUCAGAAUAUGCCUAUAAAAAGAGCCUGAUUUCUUCAUCUUGCCAAUUUACUGCAUGGUCCUGGUGCCACUGAGCCGGAAAGGUACAGAAAGGAGAAACUGGAUUCCUGGACUUCAUUAUUUCUCAUAUCAAUUUUUAUUUAUUAGGCUUUGUGUUAUGUUAUUACUUGCUGUUCAAAGCAGAAAUGCUUCUUUUUAUUGGAUUUAAGGAUGAAGGCAUGUCGGCACAGUGGUUAGUGCUGCUGUUUCUCACCUCCAAGAACCUUGGUUUACAGUCUGUGUGGAGUUUGCACGCUUCUCCCACAUCCGCAAGACUUUGGACGCAUGUUAGUCCAGUGUAGGUGUGUGCACGAGUGAGCGCAACGAUUGGCUGCCAUGCCAUCGGGGGCUUUUGCUCAUUAUGGACUCCAACUCCUCACUACAUAGUAAUGAAAAAAGUGAAUGGAUGGAUGGUAAAAUAAAAUGAAACGUUGACUCACAGAUACCAGGCACAUCAGUUGACCUGGUAUGAGCGAGAGUGCUGGGCUGGCAUCCAAUCCACAGCACUGGAAUACAAGCAACACAUUUAGAAAAUGAAGGCAUUGAUAAUUUAAACACCCAUUUGAAUACAUUCUCAUUAUACUUUAUGAUAUAAAGUAUUAUCUAUUCUGAUGUAUCUUAUCUGAGUGGAGACCCGGGUUGAAUUGCCAUUUAAGUUACUGUUUCAGAUUUAUCUACUUUGCAGGUUUUCAAUUCAUUCAUACAUUGUAUUGAAUCUGAAAUAUCAUUUAUGAAUGUUCAUUUUUUCAGUUGGAAUUAAUGUAUCUGUUUCCGUGACUUGGUAUCUAAUUGAGAUCCUGUAUUUAUGCUGCUACAUGACUUUUGCUUUGGCUCAUUUGGUGGGUAGCUUUGCCGCCUCAUAGGCAGGGUUGGCUCCAGCAGAGCUGUUGCUUUAAGCAGCCCACCUCUCGUUAUCGUACCUCAUGGCCUCAGGAGGCUAAGUUUGAACAUUUCAGAGUAAAAGUGGUAACGGUGAAUAGAUCACCUACACGAGGAGACUGUCUACAUAAAGCUUGUGACGUCAGAUUUGGUUCAAAUGUGUAGCCUGGAAAUUGAUUACUGCUUAUAUUUAUAGGGCCUUCCUCAGUAAAUGUGGGUAAAGCAGCCACUACCCAGCAGCAUGGGUUAGGGGCUUUAAUAAUGGAAGGAUGGAUGGCUCUGACUUGCCUUUUCACUCACUUGUCAUCUUAACUAUCGCCUGCUGGCAAGACAUACAUAAGGAGUCUCUGUUUAACUGAACCCCUGCGUCCAGUGACCACUAAAGUGUGCUCAUCCACGUGUCACUACUGCUGUUGAAUCUUUAGGAAGAAGACUGGGGAGACCCAAUGUGCUCUUCAAAACCUUAAACUCGGUCUGGCUCUGGUCAUGACGAUGAACUAUAUUGACUCUUUUUUCCUCUCUCGCCAGUCCUGUCCACUUAAUUCUUCUAAAAUAACAUCAAGUUGAGUUUUAAAAGUCCCUAAAGUCUUACUGU